UAGGUGCGUGAGACCAUUUUCUGCAUACCUGGUCCAACCUUCGACUUUGCGUUAAAUAGUGAUUGCGGGGAGUGCUCAGUUUGCGAUAGUUUGUGCUAGUUGAAGCAGUGACCUUAAUUCACUCGAUGUGUUGUACUAAGCAUGUGCUACCAUUUUUGGUGAUUCUAGCAAGAAACAAUGAGGGAAAAGUGAAUUCCACGACCCGCAGAAAACUGAAGAAGCUCCAGGACGACGAAGAAACGCCUUUCAAAGAUUCGUCCACUUUGAAAGUGAAAACAUUUCCGUUCGUGAGGAAGGAGCCGACUUGCGGCAAGAACACCCUCAACUACUUCUGCGAGUUUUGCGACAACACCUCCAUUCACGGUUUCAAGUUUUUGGGCGAACGAAAGCGCUACAUUCCCGAGAAGAUAUGGUGGAUGAGCGUUAUCCUGAUCGCGUUGAGCUCGUCUUCGGCGUUAAUUAGAAAGUCGUACUAUAAGUGGCAAACGUCGCCGGUCGUCGUCACUUUUGCCACCAGCGAAACGCCGAUAUGGGACAUUCCGUUUCCGGCAAUUACAAUUUGCCCGGAAGUGAACGCUCAUCCUAAGGUGUUUAACUACAGUGACGUCUACCUAAAAUAUAGGAGGGAGGAGAACACAACCGAGGAGGAGGAUACUUAUUUUAAGUUAUACUCGACGAUCUGCAACGAACGCUUGGAAUUCAUAGAUCAAAAUGCUACAAAAUUGAUGACCGAUGACGAAUUUUCCAUGUUUUUAGGGUCCUUUGCAGACUUACAGGCUGAACAUUGCAAGUGGCUGGGCGAAGACCUAAACUGCGAUGACAGCUUUUCGUACAUCUUAACGAGUGAAGGGUGGUGCAGAACGUUCAACAUGUUGCCCCCUAACGAGGUGUACACGGACCCUGGUGAAUUAUCGGAGAACUCCACCGAUGAAGAAGAGCUGUGGAGUUUCGAUGGUGGCUACCCACCAGGUGCGGGCUUCAACACCCAUCCCAGAAGAACAAUGCUUACGGGUGUCAAAGCAGGUCUGCAAUUAGAUUUGUUUACCGAUGACGAUAACCUGGACUAUUUGUGUAACGAGAUCAGCGGUUUCAUGGUGACGCUACAUAAUCCGGCCGAAGUACCAAAUAUGGAUACACACUUCAGGGUUCCCAUGGACACGGCGGUGGUUGUCGCCAUUAAACCUAGCAUGAUCAGUACGUCGGAUGAAAUCAAAUCGUAUAGCCUCGACGAUCGCCUUUGCUAUUUACCCGGCGAAAGGCAACUGAGCAAUUAUAAAAUCUACACUCAACAAAACUGCAUGGUCGAGUGCCUUGCCAAUUACAGCUUGAAAGUGUGCGGCUGUGCGGGAUUUUAUAUGCUGUCUAACGAGGAAGUCACUCCAGUGUGUGGAGCCGGAAGCAGAAAAUGCCUGGAAGAAGCUCGAGUCUCCUUUUUGGACAAUGACUUUUUAUCAGAGCACGUUAACCAGUCCAAAAAAUGCAACUGUUUACCGACAUGCACGUCACUGACAUUCGACGCGGAAGUCUCACAAACCGAAUGGAAUUGGCGAAAAACCUACCAUUUCAAAGAACACGAUCAGAACUUCAACAUUACCUAUGAGAGGGAUCAUUUCUCGCGACUUAUCGUCUACUACAAGAAUCUUCAGUUCAUGACGUCGGAGCGCAACGAACUCUAUGGCCUUUUCGAUUUCCUGGCGAACUGCGGCGGCUUCCUGGGGCUUCUUUGCGGAUUCUCGUUCACCUCCCUCAUGGAAAUCAUCUACUUCCUCACGCUACGAUUCGUUUGCAAUUUGAUCAAGUUCGGUACGCGAAUUUGGUCAGGCAAUGAGGACAUGAUGGAGAAGGAUAGGCAACAACAAAUUGCAAUGGAAGAAUUACUCAACCAUCACUAGUCAUUUACACAUUUUUUUGAUAAUUUAAUAAGUUGUUUUUAAUAA